CAGGACCAAGCAAUCUUUAUUGAAUAGUUAAGCAACUUUCAGCUUUCUUAAGCAAAGAAGGAAAAAGCAGCCUUUCCUGAAAUUAAUUCUAUGUGAGACUCUUCAAACUGGCCUAACAUAUAUAAGCAUGCAAGACAGAAGGCAUGAGCAGGUCGUGUCUCUACCCUUAAUGCUGAAGGAGGCUUACUCAGCAGAGAAAAGAGCCCACGAGGAUUACUCUGAAAACAUGUCAGAGGCUUCCUCCUUUCAUGACUUUUUUUAUGAUUCCCUAUCAGGCAUACAGGAUGGAGAGGUUUCAAAUGAGCUAUCUGCAUUUCUCAGCAAGGAGGAGAUAAAUAAAAGUCUUGACCUUGCCAGAGAAGCUAUUGCUAAUUCAGUGAAGGAGAAUCAGAAUGUAGAGCAGGAUUUCACUCAUAAUUUCAACACUUCUCCAAACUCAUCAGAAUAUGCUUCUUCUAGGAAGACCAAAGUCCAUGAACAAGAAGUUUUGGGGAGGCUUCAGGUGAGCAGCCCAAAUUCACUAUUCAGCACAGCUCAAACUCUCCCAGAGCAACAAAAACAGCAACCACCCGCAUCCCCUCAGGCAGCAAGCAGCAUUUGCACUGUUCCUGGGAGGCAAGGCAGCAUCUCGCCCUCACUAACGACUAGCCCCAGCUUUAUUCGGAGUCUAAGAAAUGCAGAGAGAUGUAGUCCAAAUAUGCAAAAGACAAGCCCAAAAUCCAAAUCAAUGUCCCAAGGAGAUGUUCCUUUCAGGAACAAGCUGUGUGACAAGGCUGCCAUGUUCAUUGAAGAACUUUCUUCCAUAUUUAGAGAAGCAGCAAAGGCAAGAGGCAGGAGUCCCAAUGGGGACUCCUCUUCUCCUGACAGUGGAUACCUAUCUCCUAAAAAGAAACAGUCAGCCACGAUAAAUGCCUCAGUGAAUCGGAGCCAUGGCAAAGCAUGUCCAGAAAUCAAACCUGAGGCAAAGUUACCUGAGACUCACCACAAUGGAGAGCUCUUCCCUGACAGGAAGAAUGUCACUCAAGAAAACGAAACUGCCUUCCACCAUGAGCUCACCAAUCCAGGUAGCUAUCAGUCUUCAGCUCCUCGAUUUACUCAGAAACUCCGGAGCCAGGAAGUGGCUGAAGGAAGCAAGGUGCUGCUGGAGUGCAGAGUUGCUGGAAACCCAACACCUCAUGUCAGAUGGUUCUGUGAAGGGAAAGAGUUGCAGAAUUCCCCUGAUAUUCAGAUCCAUUGUGAAAGUGGAGGUCUUCAUUCACUAGUCAUAGCAGAAGCCUUUGAGGACGAUACUGGACGUUACACUUGCCUGGCAUCAAAUUCUGUUGGCUCUGAUAGCACUUCAGCAGAAGUAUUCAUUGAAGGUGUCAGCUCAACAGAUUCUGAGAGUGAAAGUUUAGUUUUCAAGUCAAAAUCUGGAGCUAUGCCACAAGCCCAGAAGAAAACCACUUCUGUUUCUUUAACAAUAGGAUCUUCUACUCCAAAGGCUGGAGUCACCACAGCUGUAAUUCAGCCUAUCUCUGUACCCAUUCAGCAGGUUCAAAGCCCUACUUCAUAUCUGUACCGACUAGAUGGAUCCAAGCCUGUCUGCUCCACACCCAUUUUUACAAAGGAGCUGCAAAACUCCACAGCAUCUGAAGGACAGGUUGUUGUACUAGAGUGCAGAAUCAGGGGAGCUCCUCCAUUGCACGUCGAGUGGUUUCGACAGGGUGUUGAAAUCCAAGAUUCUCCAGAUUUCAGAAUUCUCCAGAAAAAGCCCCGGUCUGCAGCUGAACUUGAAGAGAUAUGUACAUUAGUAAUUGCAGAGACUUUUCCUGAAGAUGCUGGAACCUUCACAUGCACAGCAACAAAUGAAUAUGGGUCAGUGGCAAGUAGUGCACAACUUACCGUCUGCUCAGCCAACUCUGAAAGCUCUAGCCAUGAGCUGUCAACAAGAGAAUCCAACAGUGAUGAUUUCCAACAUUUCCCACCUCCCCCUCCAAUUCUUGAGAUUAGUUCUCUUGAGCUUCCUCCAAAGAAGCAUACAGAGAGCCAACAGGUGAACAACACAGAAUUUAGACCCAACAUAGCAGCCGUUCAGUUACAGUUCAACUCUGCUGAGAAGAAAACCAGUGGCAUCCAUCCCAGUCAUGAAGCAAAUGGAGUGAUUAAGAGCAAAGCUAGUAGUGAUAAGUCUGCCCCAGCUCCAGCUGUCCUGCUUUCACCCACAAAGGAACCACCACCAGUCCUUGCCAAACCAAAGCUGGACCCUCUAAAACUACAACAACUGCAGAACCAAAUUCGUCUGGAACAAGAAGGUGGCCAGCGGUACCAUCACCACCAGCAACAUCAAAACCCUCCCCCAUCUCCUCCUUUUCCUCCUCCCCCUUCUUUCCAGGAGCUGGUGUCCAGCCAGUCUGUCACUUCUCCGGUGCAAAUGAGCAUUCUCAACUCCCACACUUCCCCAACCAUGCAGUCAUCCAGCGCCUUCAACUAUGCCCGGCCUAAACAGUUCAUUGCUGCUCAGAACAUCAGCCCUGCUUCAGGUUAUGUAACUCCUUCAUCUGGCUCUUCCACAUCCAGCCUGCCAUCCCCUAUGUCUCCAACUGCCUCUCAGAAACAAUUUGGCAGAGCACCUGUUCCCCCUUUCUCCCAGCCAUUUGCUCCGGAAGGGGAGUACCUGUGGUCUCCAUCUUCCUCUUCACCCCCUCCCCCACCUCCACCAGUCUUUAGUCCAACUGCAACAUUUUCAGUUUCUGAUUCCUUCCCACCCCCUCCUCCUCCUCUCCCUUCCUCAGUUUCCUCACCUUCCCGCAGUCUUUCUCCAACUGCUAGAUUCUCUAACUCCAGCCAGUCUCCAGCAGCGUUCCUCAGCUCCAUGUUACCAUCCCAGCCACCACCUAUAUCUGUCAAUGCACUAGGACUUCCAAAAGGUGUUAUGCCUCCGGGAUUUCCAAAGAAAACAGGCAGAACUGCUAGGAUAGCAUCUGAUGAAGAGAUUCAAGGGACAAAAGAUGCUGUCAUACAGGACCUGGAAAGAAAACUUCGUUUCAAGGAAGAACUUUUGAACAAUGGCCAGCCGAGGUUAACAUAUGAGGAGAAGAUGGCACGUCGACUCCUGGGUGCUGACAAUGCUGCAACUGUUUUUAAUAUACAGGAACCAGACGAAGAGCCCACUACACAGGAAGCUUGCUCUCUUGAUGCUUCUGUAAUGAGUCCUGUGGAUAAUCAAAAGGAGUAUAAAGUCUCCAGCUUUGAGCAGAGACUGAUCAGUGAGAUUGAAUACCGCCUGGAGAGGUCUCCUGUGGAGGAAUCGGAUGAUGAGGUGCAGCAUGGAGACGAGCCCACUGAUAACAGUGUGGCACCAUAUUUUGAGAUGAAGCUGAAACAUUACAAAAUCUUUGAAGGAACAUCAGUCACAUUUACAUGCAGAGUGACUGGAAAUCCAAAGCCAAAGAUUUAUUGGUUCAAAGAUGGGAAGCAAAUCUCUAAAAGAAGUGAUCACUACAGAAUUCAAAGAGAACCAGAUGGGACCUGCUCUCUCCACACUACAGCUUCCACCCUGGAUGACGAUGGGAAUUACACUAUCAUGGCUGCCAACCCCCAGGGCAGAAUAAGCUGUACCGGAAGGCUGAUGGUUCAGGCUGUCAAUCAGAGAGGACGGAGUCCUCGAACACCCCCUAGCCAGCCUCAUAUCAGAAGACCUCGAUCUCGAUCAAGGGACAGUGGCGAUGAAAAUGAACCAAUUCAGGAACGAUUCUUCCGACCUCAUUUCCUGCAGGCUCCUGGAGACUUGAUUGUUCAAGAAGGAAAACUCUGCAGAAUGGACUGCAAGGUCAGUGGAUUACCAACUCCAGAUCUAAGCUGGCAACUCAAUGGAAGACCAAUUCGUCCUGAUAGUUCUCACAAAAUGUUGGUGCGUGAGAACGGUGUACACUCUCUGAUCAUAGAGCCAGUCACAGCUAGGGAUUCUGGAAUCUACACGUGCAUUGCCACCAAUCGAGCUGGUCAAAACACAUUCAGCCUGGAGCUCAUUGUUGCAGCUAAGGAAGAACACAAGCCACCUGUGUUUAUAGAGAAGCUACAGAACACAGGAGUGGCUGAUGGAUAUCCCGUACGACUGGAGUGUCGAGUCUCUGGGGUGCCAUAUCCUCAGAUAUUUUGGAAGAAAGAGAAUGAGUCACUUACUUACAACACUGAAAGAGUGAGUAUGCACCAGGAUAACCAUGGCUACAUUUGCCUGCUUAUUCAGGGAGCUACAAAAGAAGAUGCUGGUUGGUAUACUGUGUCAGCUAAGAAUGAGGCUGGGAUUGUGUCCUGCACUGCCAGGCUUGAUGUUUAUACUCAGUGGCAACAACAACCUCAAAGCACCAAGCCAAAGAAGGUGCGUCCCUCAGCCAGUCGAUAUGCAGCACUUUCUGACCAAGGACUAGACAUCAAGGCAGCAUUCCAGCCUGAAGCAAACCCAGUUCAUCUGACAUUGCAGUGUGGCUUGGUAGAGAGCGAUGACCUGUAGACCCGAGCUGCCAGAUCCAUCAUUUUCUUUCAAAGCAGAAACACUGAAAGCCAUUGCCUUGACCAAUGAUACUUCUAUGUCACUUUAUGUAAAGCCAGACACCUUCAAGUACAAAAAUCCCCACCGUAACCCUAUAUUUCUUAUUCCUACCAAAUUAAGAUAGGUAGCUGAUUAAUAGAAAUGUUCACAUUGCACAGAAAAUCACAUUCACUGUUCAGUUCCUUAUGCCUAUAUUGCUAGAACUCUUAUGAAUAACCUUUUUCAUAAAGGCCAAAAUAUUUCUGAAAAAUCGGGUUCAGUUCAGUAAACAGUACAGUAUUUAUCACAGAGUGCCUUCCUAAGCAAGAUGUAGAUGCUACAUGGUAUUAAUGGUGUGAGAAGUUUCAUUUAAGGCUAUUAGUUAUAUUUUUACAAUUCAAAAAUGUCAAGGCAGAGUGAUAGCUACAGAGAACAAGUGCAAUAUUGUAAAAAUAAAACAGGAAGGAAAAGAGAAGGAAAAACUGAAACAAAUACCUUGUCUCUGCAAUGAGAAAGGAAAUAUAUGCCUUAAAAUGUUAGAACUGCCACUGCUAUAUAGCAAGGCUGACACCUUAAGAUUUUUUUAUUUUUAUUUUUUUUUUGCCAGCAACAAGGCUUAUUUACAAACAUACUACAAGGCUAAUUUAAGCAUAAAUAAAUUGAACCUAGUCAAAAUAAUGAGAGAUGAGGCAUAAUAUACUACUAUAGAUUAUAAAUCCUAGCACCCAAGUAAGGGAUACUUUUGGGGGAAAGAAAAACGCCAACAGUAUAGUUUUACUACAUAAGGUUAGCAAAAAAGGUUGAGAGGGGGAAAAAACUAUGGAUGUUUUUAGUGUUUGGUUUUUUUAAAACAGAUCCUGAAAACUAACAGAACACUGCCAUUCACAUAUUUAAAAUUCCCAAAUCAGCAGAAAGCUAUGGAGUUUAUGUAGUGGACAUUUAUGACUGUGUAGAGCUUGUGACUAUGUAUGAGGAUUUUAGGAAUGUAGAGCAAGUGGAAAAAAUGGACUGAGUCUGCAAUCAGAGUUUAAAUGACAAACACAUAUCAUAAGGGGUAGGCUAGUAGAAUGAAGGUGGAGAAAAAUAGAAGUGCCGUAAUAUUAUUUUCUUAUGGUAACAUAUGUAGAUGGUGAAUGAUAAAUAUUUGUUUUCUUCCCUAGUGUACGAUAACAGACUAACCAUGCUGUGGCUAGGGACUGCAUGCAGUAGGUGAAGACUUUAGCACAGAGGCUACUUUCAGAAUGCAAAGCAAUUCCACAUCAAACUGGACUCUACCUAGUCUACUGUACUAGGCAGUUUUGACUCUGAACCAAUUAGUUUAGUUGAGAUGGCAGAAGAAUUUUAAUUGGGCCUAAAAAUUGAUGGUACGAGAGUACUUCGAUAUAAAAGGAACAUGCUGUAUUCCUUAUAUGAAGCACAUAUGGUUAUCUUUCAUUAUUUAUAAUAAAAAGUGUUGAAAUCUCUCUCA